AUGCCCGUCAUCCCCGAAGAGUGCGAAGGCUCACCCGACGGCAACAUGGAUGACUUUGUCAACUGGGAUGCGUCUGCAAGCGCUGCAGAGCGUAUGGUGGACGGCCACGACCUGGUCUGCCUGCCACCCGAUGGCGAGCCUCUCUUCCCUGACCAGGCCCUUGAUGCUCCGCAUCUGUUGGUCUCUCCUCAACUCCAGCAUAUGAAUGACAGAGAGGCUGCUUUGCUGUUUGAGAAUCCUGACGCCGACGAUUUCUCCUUCUGGGCGCUCGAGCACUACGAGCAGAGCAACAAUAUGAUUGCCGGUCUCGACCUUGGUGGUCAUGAUGUCACUGCCGCCCCCAUAACAGAAACAGAUGCCACAGUCGAGUCACUGUUGAACUCGACCGCUGACUCGAUGCCUCUUGACCAAGCCGACGACCUUUUGCCUGGCGGGCUGUACGGUGUUCCUGACGAGCCUUGUGUCCACUGCAAGCUGGGCGGUUACCAAUGCAAAACGAUCCAGGAGGGUAACUACAAAGGUUACUGCACGAGCUGUGUGGCUCUGCGGUGCGAAUGCAGUUUUGGACUCGUUUGCAGCGGGCCCUUGCCCACUGAUAUCUCGUUCCCAACCAACCCAUGGCCUACGUUGGGCGACCACCCGGACCCCAUUCCGCACGACGAAGAGGCAGAUACCGUCGCACGGCUCUACCCCUCGGCUCCGGCCGACUCGUCGGCGACCGAAUUGCCGGAUCUUGUCGGCAACAGCAGCCCAAACCCGUUCGCCGCGGCGCAGCCCAAGCUUGGCGCCCGCUUCUCUCGGGAGUCUGUACGGAUUCUCAAGAACUGGGUGUCAACCCACAGCCGUCACCCUUACCCGACCGAAGAUGAGAAGGAAUCGCUACAGCGCCUGACGGGCCUGAACAAGACCCAAAUCUCAAACUGGCUGGCCAAUGCGCGCCGCCGCGGCAAAAUCCCAACCACCCGAUCUACAUCUCCGCAUGUGCGCAACACCUACGCCGGCCCCAAUGCUCCAAUUGGUGCAAUUGACAUCCCCCAGCCGCGCCGGAGCGGCACGCCUUCGCCAUUUGAUCGGCGCCCACAGACAUUUGAGAACAUUCCGCUACAGCGAUGGGCGAACUCACCGCCCGAGAACGAACCUGCGAGUGUCAGCGAUAUUGCCCGAGCCAUUACCUCGUCGGCUUCGGCUAUCUCGUCUGGCCUGAACAGCCCGCUCAGUCUUAACUUUACUGACGACGGCUCGGGACGCUCCCUUUUCAACGGAUCGUCGGCGAGCAGUUUGGGCACGUCGCAGUCCAGUGGCACCGGUUCGUUUGCCUCAGCUUACUCGCACGCCUCGCGCAACUCGUUUGGCUCCAAUUUCAGCUCUCUGGAACGUGGCCGGCGACGGCGCAGGCGGCGUUCGGCGCCCUCCCGCGGUGUUGGCAGUGGUAGCGGUGGUGACCGGGAAGAGAAAAAAAUGGAGAAGAAGCUCAUGCGGCAGGCGGCGAAGCUUACCGAUGCCCGUAGCGGGCCGACCUCUCUCGUGGCACCGCUAAAAACGUAUCAAUGUACGUUCUGUACGGAAACAUUCAAGACAAAACACGACUGGCAGAGACACGAGAAGUCACUGCACCUGUCACUGGAGCGGUGGGUGUGCACACCACAGGGUGCCACUGCCGUCCACCCCGAAACAAAGCAAGUUUGCUGCGUGUUCUGCGGCAAGGUAGAGCCUAACACAGAGCACAUCGAGUCGCACAAUUUCGCCGCUUGCCAGGAGCGUGCGCUAGGUGACCGCACUUUCUACCGGAAGGACCACUUGCGCCAGCAUCUGAAGCUUGUCCACAGCGUCAAGUUCAUGGGCUGGUCCAUGGACCAGUGGAAGGUGGCAACCCCAGAGAUCCGGUCCCGGUGUGGUUUCUGUGGCAUAGCCAUGGACACGUGGACAUUCCGAAUCGAUCAUCUGGCCGAGCACUUCAAGACCGGUCGCACAAUGGCUGACUGGAAGGGUGACUGGGGUUUCGACAAGCCUGUAUUGGAGAUGGUCGAGAACUCUAUUCCCCCGUACCUCAUUCACGACGAGCGCAACUCGCCUUUGCCGUUUAGUGCAACCUCGCAGCCUCCUGGCAGUCCCAGGAACGCCUACGAACUGUUCCGCAGCGAGCUUUCUUACUGGAUCCAGCACCAGGAAGACCAGCUCAAGACGUUCACAGACGAUGAGAUGCGGAUAGAGGCUUGUCGGAUUGUUUUCGCCGCGGAACUUACCGCGAUGACGAACCAAGAACACCCGUCGUGGUUGCGGGAUCUUGUCAUGGGCGACGAGGUCUGCGCGAGGCAAGCACGCAUGAGCCCUAUUCGGACACCAGCUGAGAGCCGCAUGGCAUCGUUGCGCAUCAAAGGCCAGGACACGCUAUUUGAUAUGUGCCCUUUGGAGACAGCUCUUCACGAGUUCGUCCGAGACCGAUCCCAGCUUGGCUUAACCCCCAUGGACUCGGAGCUUCAGAUGAUGGCGUGUGACCUUAUCCGAAAGAUGGAGAUACAGCUGAUCGAAGGUCCUGGAGAGCCCGUCAGAGCGCACAUCACGACGGAGAAGAAGGUUGUGGAGUUCUGGCUGCGGAUGAUCAAGAGCUCCACGCAAUGGUUAUCCGCAUUCCGAAAGCGGGCUCAUCUGCCCCGGUCCGAUGCUAUUGCCGACGAGGCUCGCCGGCCGGUGAACGAACCCAGCAACAUCGACGCCACCAUCCACAAUUAUUCUCGCCUAGAGGCUGAGCUGGCCGAUUUUGUGCGACUGCGGCGCGAAGCGGGUGACCUCACACUCGAUGAUGCUACCCUGCAGAGGCAGGCGCGUCUCAUCAUCUAUGAGCUGGACGACGGCUGGAAUCAAACGGCAGCUGACGACCCACAGUGGCUGGAGGCCUUCAAGAGCCGUCAUAUUACCAAGGCACAACCCGCCACCUCAAGCCGCCGUUCGGGCUCCUUGAGCAGCGGCAGUCCCCACAGCAGUAGCCAAGGACAGCGCUCAACCCGCAGUGCCAACAUGCUGGUGCCGUCGCCGUUUUUCCUGAACGACACCAAUUGCUACCGCCGUCUGGCCCGGGAGCUGACACGGUUUGUUAACAUGGUGAUGUCGCCCAACAACCCCAAUAGCCAUGUGCCCACCGACGAAGAGCUUCAGCACCAGGCACGGUGGAUCCUCUACGACGAGUAUGCUUCCUCUUGCUCUUGA